UUGCAGUUACGCGUUAUCUUCUGGAUAUAGAAAGAUUCAGCCGUGUUAGAAAUAUGACAUUUGCAAAAUAAAAAAGCAAGACGAACUGUUGCAUGCAUUUUGGUUUAAACAUGUAGAUUAUUGGCGCAUGUUUUGAAAUUUAGAGAGUGAAGAGAAAUGGAACUGGUAGAUCUCAUUUGGACAUGCACACAAUCCGGCUGCAUUGCAAGAAGGAAAAUUUAGCGUUCAACAAGCAGUUUAGCGGAGUAAUCAAUGCCGCGGAAUGCAUUCUGACCCAAAAAAAGGGAUCUUCAGAUCCCCCUCUUUCAGACUUAGACAUCUCAAGCUUUUCUGCAAAAACAAAUCCAACAGUCUUCUUACACACAGCUUCCAAACUGUGUUUUGCAGAUGAUUGGCUGGCAGUUACGAAGAAUUGUGCAUCAUGAAAACAGAGGAAACUUGUCUGGAUCUGAAUCAUUCUCCGAAACGAAGCUGUGCUCCUAGUGCUGCCGUAGUCGAAAUGCAUCAAUGGCGACCAGAUUCUUACGAAGAGCCGCCGAAUCCAAUUGAUUCCUUUCCGGACAGAGAGUUGAAGGGAGGGACUACAAAAAAAGAGAUUGAAAAUUGUACUAUUAAUGAGCGGGAGGGUGAGAAGGAGCAAAAUCGUGAGCUCAUUUUGACACAAAGGCAAGAGCACAAUAAUUGGCCUUUAAGGAGACCAAUGCCUUUAAACAAUGACCUUCACGCUCAUGCGGUGGCUGCUCCCGAGUCGGCAUGGAAUAUGUCUCCGACUCAAAUUGAUCGAUCCAACAGUAGCAGUACAGGCAGCGAUAAUUUAGACAAAAGAAAGCGCAGGGCUGAAGCAAUCGAGGAAGAUGCGAACAACAGGCCGUAUGAAUGCAGGUUUUGUGAAAUGAAAUUUACGAAAUCACAGGCGCUGGGGGGACACAUGAACCGUCAUCGCCAAGAAAGAGAACGAGAACAAAUACAACAAGCGCAGGUUCUACUUUUAAGUAACAUGCAUAACAACAUUCAGCAAGGAGGAACCCUGUCGUCUCUUUUCCAGAACAGUGGGAUUUCUAUUCCUAAGUUUCACCAGAGGUCAUCUUCACUUCCAUCCCAGUGUUCAGGAAUACAACCACACCAGCAGACCAGCAUCUACCAUCAGUCUCCCCUAAGCUGGAGCCAGGGAAGUUCCAGCGUUGCAUAUUCGAAAAUUACGGAUAAUAGUAGUUUUGCAGCAAAACAAGAGGACUGGCCUUCCUUAGCCAGAUCCACAGCCUAUGGUGCUUCCCUGAACGAUAUGCCAUUCUUAUCUCAGGGGAGGAACCAAGAUUUGCUAGGAAUGUCUUAUGAAAGAAACACCCAGUCACCAUCUAAUCUGUUUCCUUCUGAAGCCAACACGGCAGGGGUUUUACCGGUGCAGAGAGGCGGAUUUCUUCAGAGGCAGGGUUCAGGGGUCGGGGCAGGGGUACAGUCUUCCUCAGCAAUAUCAGGACUCACAGAAAGACGCUUCAACUCCACACUUCACCAAUCUGCAUCCUACCCAUUCCUAGGUACUGAACACAACCUUUCUAGUGCAGCAGUGGACGGUACAUCCCAAGCUUUCAAUUUGCAGGGGGGUUCUUCAAUUCAAGGCAUUCCAAAUUCUGCCAGUAUGCCUCCCGUUGCUGCUGAUCUUGCUGGGAAGAGCACAAUGGGGGCCUCGUCCUCGGACUUUGAGAACUUUUGGUUUUAUCCACAUCAGAAAGCAACGAUUCCAAUCAGCUCCAUACCCACUGAUGAAUUUGCUCUGUCUUUGAAUUCUGAUACCUUGGCCAGUGGGCACAUAACAAACUCUCAGGGAACUGGAGUUGGCUUCGCUGGUGAAAAUUCUGCCAGACAGAGAAUCAAUAUUGGCACAGAUUCAUCUUCCCUAUCUUUCGGGGAUUACAAUGCAGAGAUUGAAAGCAAAUAUAAUCAGGGAAUUCCUAAACAGGAUUCUUGAUUGUAUAUUUGCGGAGUGUUUGGCUGUUCAUCUGAGGAGGGACCGAUAUUGAUAGAAUAAGUGUUCAUCUGAGGAAGGACAGAGAUGAUAUAAGGUUAUUGAGUUUACUCAAGGGGUUAUUGAUUUUGAGCUGUAUAAAGCAUUUGUGAUUGCUGACACAGCUGAAUUAAUAAUUGGCCCCCUUGAAGAUUUAAUCCCCUUUCAAAAUAAUUCUGCAAAUUUGAUAUAGAUUUUUUUCCAUAUGGCCAACAGGCCAUUCUCAAAAUGAACUGUUUUCAGAACUUCUGAUCUUUGGUUGUUAAAAAAUACAAUUAUUAAAUUUUAUUUAUUUUGGUAUGCUACCAACUUGAUGGU